UAACACAAUAUCCCGCACGUAAGAAUUUUCCAUUUAGAACCCCUCUUCCCCCUGGUGUCAAAACCCAAUUUGCUUUUCCCUCCUCGUUGCCUGAAACCAAGUCAAGAUGGAGGAGAAACAGCCCACUUCUCAGGCCUUGCCUACCGCCGAUCGCACUGAUGAUGCGGUGGAAUACCUCCAGGGCCACAUGGCCGGGGCUGGCACCCCUCAGAUGGAUCUUCGAGCCCUCCGUCGCAAGAUCGACUUCCGCCUUAUUCCGUUCAUGUUUUGCUGCUAUGUCUUGCAGUUCCUCGACAAGGUGAUGCUGAAUUAUGCCGCGGUGAUGGGGAUGAAGAGGGACCUCGGCUUGGCAGGGAACGAAUACACCAACACAGCCACCUGGUUCUUCCUGGCCUACCUGAUCGCUGAGGUGCCCAACAGUAAGUCGAGUCCCUGCAGCCAUGUAUGGUGUCUGAUCGUGCGCUUACUCACUUGCCCUUCCCCAGCCUACUGCCUUCAGAAAGCGCCCGCUGCGAAAUGGCUGGGAGCCAAUGUUACCUUGUGGGGUGUUGCUGCCGCCGCAUCGGCUGGAGCCACCAACUAUCCAACCCUCUUGACUGCGCGUGUCUUCCUGGGCAUAUUCGAGGCGACGAUCGGUCCAUCGCUGAUGCUGAUCAGCAGUCAAUACUAUACCAAGAGUGAACAGGCCCCACGCUUUACCUUCUGGUACAACGGAUUGGGAGUCGCACAGAUCAUUGGUGGACUGGUUUCAUUUGGCUUCCAGCAUGUGGAGCAUGCGGCGAUGGCUGGAUGGCGCAUCAUGUUCCUCGUCAUCGGCCUAGUCACCGUCGUUGUCGGCGUUCUCACUUUUCUGCUGAUCCCGGAUACCCCCAUGGAGGCGACGUGGCUGUCCGACGACGAGAAGAUUGCCCUCCUGCAGCAUGUCAGUGUCAAUCAGACGGGGGUUUGGAGUCGCAAGUUCAACUUCAAGCAGAUCUGGGAGGCUUUGCUGGAUGUGCAACUUUGGUUGCUGACCUUGAUCACCAUCCUGAUCUCUGUAUCCAGCGGUGUGGUCACCUCGUACUCGGCGACUCUCAUUGCCAGCUUCGGCUACCCGGGCCCGAUUUCGGCCCUGCUGAACAUGCCCUCCGGCGUUGUCAGCAUCUUCUUCACCCUGCUGGUCGGAAUCGGCAUCCGCAAGACCUCCCAUCGCUGGGCGUGGAAUAUUCUCUGCACCAUUCCCGGGAUCAUCGGGGGCGCUCUGCUCUCCUUCUUGCCCAAGAGCGACAAAGCUGGCGUGCUGAUCGGGAUCUACCUGGUCAACGCAAUCGUGGCGACCCUGCCCAUCCUGUAUCAAUGGACGAUGGCCAACUGCGCGGGCCACACCAAGCGCGCCUUCGGGAGCGCGCUUGUCGCGGGGUCAUUCUCGGUGGGAAACAUCAUUGGGCCCCAGACGUUUCAGGCGCACGAUGCCCCCGAGUAUCGGCCGGCCAAGAUUGCGGUUCUGGCCACCCAGGCGGCCGCUGCGGUCAUGUCGGCGGUGCUUUUUGCGUAUUAUGUGUGGGAGAAUCGGAGGCGGGAUCGGAAGUACGGGAAGGUCGAGGACGCGAUGGUGGAGGAGGCCAAGUGGGCAGGGCUGACAGAUAAGCAGAAUAGCCGGUUUCGGUAUGUGUAUUAAGAUUGGGUGGCUGGAUAUAGUGUGACCAAGAUGCAAAGGUUA